GAAGUGUGAGUGUACUGUACCGGAGGAAGCUUCGCUAGGCUGAAGAUGUUGAAGAUCACCUUUGGGUUGUUAGUUGGGGUGCUUGCAUGGGGGGCGGCUUUUUCUAACGUCGUCUGCCCCGAUGGAAACGUGUGCUCAGACAGCUCCACCUGCUGCAAGACCACACAGGGAUAUGGCUGCUGUCCAUAUGUGAAGGCGGUGUGCUGCUCCGACCUGAGACACUGCUGCCCCUCAGGAUUCCGCUGCAACCUGGUCACACAGAUGUGUCAGAAGAAGGACCAGCCGUGGCUGAACAUCCCCAUGGUGAAGAAAGAGGCUGCAGAGGAGCCAGACACAGUGGAUCUGUCCUUGACUCCCUUCCAGGAGAUUAAAGACAGCCCUGUCCCAGAGCGACAAGACGCUUCGGUCUUCUGUGACAGCUAUUACAAAUGUCCCGAUGGCACGACUUGCUGCAGACACCCCAAAGGUGCCUGGUUCUGUUGUCCCUACUCUCCUGGAAGAUGCUGUCUGGAUGGCUACCAUUGCUGUCCCUACGGCUACGACUGUGACUUUUCUUACCAACACUGUGUGAGGGAAAACCUGUGGUAUCCUUUCACGCCCAAACAAGCUCCAUCCUCAGUGCCUGCCUCUCUCAUUUCAACCUCAGAGGACCAGAGCAGCAAGACACCAAUGACCGCUCUAACAGAAGCUUUGAGCAACGGCCCCGAGGGUGGAGUCAUUCGCUGUGAUUCCAAGUUUUACUGCUCCCCGGGCCAUACCUGCUGCAGGGGAACCUCUGGACAGUGGAACUGCUGUCCCUUCCCUCUGGGCCAGUGCUGUUCAGACGGUCGGCACUGCUGCGAGUACGGGUAUGCCUGCGACCCCUCCGCUUCGUCGUGCAGAAAGUGGUUUUCUCAGAUCCCCUCAGCAGAGCAGCAGCAGGCCAAAGCAGACUGAACACAUGCUGUUAAUGUUUCAGGUUGACUUACAGGACCAAUAAAAUCAAUGUUUUUUGGGGUUUUUUUUGCCUUGCCUUGCCUUGCUGAAGAGCUGAUUUUCCCAGAUUUCAAUACUUGAAUGAAAUAGAUGUUCUCUUCAAUGAACAUGAAACUUUACUGGCUAGCUUAGCAAGCUGCUCUUCAACAGUGUGUCCAUUGUAAUCAUAUCCUGUUUGAUGCUGAUUAUUGCAACUUUUGGCGUGUUUUAUUGAAUUGUACCAUGAAGGCCACUGGGCCUACCUGAUGCUUGAACUCUCAUUUGAAAUGUUUCAUCACGUCAUCUCUCAACUGUUCUUACACAGACUGAAAAAAAAAAAAGCCUCAAAUAUUUUUUUUAUAAAGUUUGCACUGUGUUGGAAAAUCAUAUGCAUUUUGAAAUAUGUGUCACCUGACGCUUUAUGGCGUUGUAUUUGCUGUCAUUUAAUGGAAUAUAAAAUAAAAAUGUCACCUUCUG